UGGCACUCUGAGUUUUGAAGGCAGCCCCGCCUUCGUCGUCAAGCAAGCACGAGUUAGGAGAAGGGAGAAGUUGAGAGGGUGACGCUCGGGGGGCUAGAAUCGAGCGCUACGAGCCGCAACAGAGAGCGUGAUGCCGAAGAACAAGGGAAAGGGUGGUAAGAACCGUCGGAGGGGAAAGAACGAGAACGAGGAGACCAAGCGCGAGCUCGAGUUCAAGGAGGCCGGCCAAGAGUACGCGCAGGUUGUGCGCAUGCUGGGUAACGGGCGAGCGGAGUGCUACUGCUACGACGGAGUUACGCGCCUGGGACACAUCCGGGGGAAGAUGCGCAAGAAAGUGUGGGUUAGCGCCGGUGAUAUCGUUCUCGUGGGAAAGAGGGACUACCAAGACGACAAGGUGGACAUCAUCCACCGGUACAACGCCGACGAGGCGCGUAACUUGAAGCAGUACGGAGAGCUCCCGGAGCACGCGCGAAUCAACGAGACGGCGGUGGACUUGGCCAUGGAAGGAGACGGCGCCGAAGACGACAUCGGGAUCGACUUCGACGAAAUCUAAGACCACGUUGGGAUCGACUUCGACAGUGUAUCUAAGACGAUAUUGGGCUCUACGAAGACAUCUAUGACGACAUUGAGAUCGAUAUAUACUUGGAAAGCAGUAUAUCUCAGACGAUAUUGGCAUCUACUGAGACGGCAUCUAGACUUGCUGAGACAUUGGGAUCGUUUUGGACAGUAUAUCUGGACUUGUAAGACGAUAUUGGAAUCAGCUAAGAGGCAUCUAUACUUCUCAAGACGGCAUUGGCUUGCACGUCAUACCUGGAUGCCUCCCACAUGUUUUGAGGCACAUGUAUAUGGAGGUCGGGGAGCGAUGAUGGAGGCAAAACACAGGCAGACGAGCCGUAAACGUUUGUCGUGUUCUGGUGUCAGCAAAGUCUUGGUUGUUUGGUAAUACUGUUGUGUUCUCGUUGGCUACAGCCCUUUUGGCAUUUUUUGUUGUUGGUGUUCGUCACAUCAACGUGGUGGCGCAUGCAGUGCUGAUGCUUUUGCAGGUUCGGGGGCGCGGGAGCACAAAGUUUUCUGGAUUGGAGCUCCGAGUUUGUUUGUAGUUCAUCCUGUACCUGGGCCAUGUUUUUCGUUCCUCCGCAUUUCCUACGGUCGCGUAGUUUGGCGGUUUGGCGUGCUGAAAUCAAUGGCUACAUGGCUUUUUUUUCUUCAUGGUUGAGUCGGUUUCGCAACAGUCAAGAGGCUGCUGUGCACGGACGUUCGGCGAGCUGUCGAAGGUGCAUGCCUACCUUGCCAUGCUGCAGUUUUGCGUACUGCUUGUAGUGAGGCGUAGCCCGCGGGUCUGAAAUCGAAAGGUUGACAAUGUGCUG